CGCCCACUUACGUUGAAUUCACAAAUGCGUAGUACGUUGAUCCUCCUGUCCAAAACAAAAUGAGAUCCAGUAACAAGAAACGAAUGCGCAUUUCAUAUUCUUUCAUGAUAAUUUGAUAUUUGGUAUAAUGUUUCAUCCCAUCCUUGUAGGAGCAUCACGCCAUCCGGCCCGGAUAAGCACGGUCUAGUUGUCCGAAAUCAAAGGACACUUCUAAGGCAAUAGGCAACCUUGAUGACGAUUCCUAUUUUCUUAUUUUUGUGACCCAUUUCCUACAAUCUGACAGAAAGCAAAUGGCCUUUAUUGAGGCUUAAAUUUACUUCCCAUAGCUUUUCUGUUGCGGUCCAAGCGGCCUUGCCUCUACUAGCGUCUUGAGAACCUUGAAAAUGUUAACAAUCAUAAGCUACAAUACCGGAACUCCUAAAAUAUGAACUUCAAGAAGGCUCGACAAGAACAAAAAAAAAAUAACGCGUUGAUAACUAACCACCCGUUGGCCGCAAGAAUCGAAACUUUUCACUGUUCUCCUCCUCUCACUAUUCAUCAGAUUCCCGCCCCAUCCCGAAACUUGUUUACAAGGAAAGUCGGGCAAGAUACGACGAGAAAAACACGAUCACACGCAGGAAGACGACGUGUAGGGCUUAAUAUAUAAACAACCCGGCUACAAGUUCUUGGCGUCAUUCCUGUUUCGUCGGCCAAACAGUAUCAAACUCGCAGCAUUCGCAUCCAGAACAUACCAUCGGUGACAGUAAACAGUUACUCCAGUGAUUUAUGAAGACUGUCUUACCACUCUGCACAACAUUAAAGCUGCACAAUGCUUGUCGUUUUGACGGAAAGGCUUGCCCCAAUCUUGGAAUGGCUCAAAAGCGUCGCUGGAUAUAGCGUGGUUGAAUCGAACUGGAAGGCAUUAAACGUUUCUAAUACACAAAGGAAUAAGGAUCAAUCCCUUAUCGACUGCAAUCCCCGGAUGAAUUAUUCUGUUCCGUUAGCUACUGGUCAGUCGUCAUCGCUGUUGGAUCUGUCUACUAAUCCAGAUGAUUGGAUUCUACUUGACGGCAGUAAAGUGUCGGUGAGUUUGUUGAUAAAUAACCUUUUUAUGAGACUUUCUAACCUGUCUUCCAAUUCGAAGAAGGAUCUAUGCCGAAAGUUAGGGGGGGCCAAUGGCCAGCAGGAUGUUUAUGUGCUGGGUGUUUCCUACAGUGACGCACAAUCUUUUUCUGGUUGUCGAGAUUAUCCUAAGGCCAAUUGCCACACUUUGCCUCGCUGCCGAAGUUACCGAUUGCGAAAAACUCAAUUGAUGGCCGAGCCGUUCGACACGCUUUCAUCAAUAACUUGUCGGACCAAUAAUGAAAGCCGCACACUUUACUUCAGUCGGCAUGGCGAGAGCGAGUACAACGUUCUCGGAAAAGUUGGAGGCGACGCGGACCUUUCCCCGCGGGGCUAUCAGUACGCGGAUAGUUUAGCCGAGUACGUCAACGGUACUUUGGGCAACACUCCUGGAUUCAAACUGUGGACUUCUUGUUUGAAACGCACCAUUCAAACGGCUAAAAACAUUGAAGCUCCUCGAGAACAUCUGGAUGCGCUUAAUGAACUCGAUACUGGCGUUUGUGACGGACUCACUUACGAAGAGAUUGCUGAACGCUAUCCAAUCGAGUUUGCUGCUCGCGACGACGACAAAUUUCAUUAUCGUUAUCCAGAAGGCGAAUCUUAUUUUGAUCUGCUCCUUCGCGUCAAGCCUGUCCUGGACCGGCUGAAGGUCGAAAACAAUGUUCUGGUGAUCGCACACCAAGCAGUUCUGCGCUGCCUUUUGGCAGCCUUGCUCAAAAAAGAUGAAAAAGAACUGCCCUACAUUCAUACACCACUCCAUACAGUGAUGCGACUGUCGUUUAAACCUGCCGAUGGCGGUUGCCAUCUGGACCUUAUCCCGCUGAGCAUCGAAUGUGUCGAAACGCACAGAGCCAAACCCGAGAAUUGCAGUCUCACACGAACCCCUGAGGAGGCCCUGGUUACUGUUCCUGCCCAUUUCUAAUGCAAUAUGUUUCAGGCAUGGAAGGAAUAUGUUUGGCACGAUUCUCUGGCGUAGAUUUGUUUUAAUCGAUGGGGUUUCGCGUGUACGGUCGAUUUCUCUCAUCCUUGAUUAUUUUCCAUAUUAUAACCAUUUUUUAUACAUAUAUAUAUAUCUGUGAUUAUAUUCGCAUAAUGUACUGAGUGCUUCAAUAACUUAAAAGUAUAUUCGGGGAUUCUUUUUGUUUCUUUUAUAAAUAUGCAAAAGAGAAUACAACUCUGGUUAAAUGGCUUUAA